AUGGCGGCCCUCCGAGCUCUUUCGGCAAGGAAUCGGUUUGUCUGCCGUAGCUGUACUCGCAAGUUUCAGACUCAUGCUCGCCGGUCGUAUGCGAACGCGAGCCCGGCAUCGUCGACUGCGGAACCAGACAUCUAUGAUGUUGUAUGUGUGGGAGGCGGGCCAGCUGGUCUCAGCCUUCUUACUGCACUCCGAGCCAAUCCAGUGACUUCGCGCCUCAAGGUGGCUCUUGUCGAAGCUCAAGACCUCUCCAAGAUCCGCGCUUGGAACCUCCCUUCCAGCCAGUUCUCGAACCGAUGCAGUUCCCUCACACCCACCUCGGCGCAAUAUCUCAAUAUGAUUGGAGCAUGGCGCCACAUCAAGCGCGAGCGUGUUCAAGACUACAACGAGAUGCAGGUUUGGGACGGUGUUAGUGGCGCAAGAAUCGAGUUCGACCGGCCCGCUAGCCCUGAGGCAGGAAAGACCAUCGCGUACAUGUGCGAGAACCUUAACUUGACUUCGGGUCUCUUGAGACGUCUCGAAGAGCUUGGUGGGGUCUCAAUCUAUGACCGGGCAAAAGUUGAGAAUAUCAGCUUUGGACACGAGACGGAGGACUUUGACCUGACGCAAUGGCCCGUCGUUCACUUAUCAGGUGGGAAACAAUUGCAUGCACGACUCUUGGUUGGAGCCGAUGGUGCAAACAGUCCUGUUCGUACUUUCGCUGGGAUCAAGGCACGAGGUUGGGACUACGGCAGGCAUGGUGUCGUUGCAACGCUCCAGAUGGAGGGCGAGGGAAGGGGUGGUGAGCACAACAAGAUUGCAUAUCAACGCUUCUUGCCUACAGGCCCUGUGGCUAUGCUGCCGCUCCCCGGAAACUACUCGACGCUGGUGUGGUCUACAACCCCUGAAAAUGCUGCGGUUUUAAAGAACCUUCCGCCACAGGAAUUCAUUGCCAUGGUCAACGCUGCCUUCUGCUUGAGCCCGGUCGAUCUCGAAUUUAUGCAUAAACAGCAUGCUAGGCAGUCUGAGGAACUUGCCUGGAGAUUGGAGCAUACCCCCUUUGACCACAGGGCGGUCCCUCAACAGGUUGUCGGAGUUCAGGAGGGCACUGUUGCCUCAUUUCCUCUCAAGAUGCGACAUGCCGACACAUAUACCGCCGAGCGCAUCGCACUCGUCGGUGAUGCGGCGCAUACGAUCCACCCGCUUGCCGGCCAGGGCUUAAACCAGGGCCAGGGUGACGUGCAGAGCCUGGUCAAGACCAUACAGACAGCUGUCUCUACUGGCCAGGACUUGGGAUCAACGCUUUCUCUCGAAGCAUACAACGCAGAGCGGUAUGCAGCGAACCACGUUGUACUGGGCGUCUGCGACAAGCUUCACAAGCUCUAUUCCGUGGACAGCGGCCCUCUGGUGCCAUUGCGAUCUCUUGGUUUGAGUGCUGUAAAUGCUCUGGGUCCUCUGAAGAAGUUCUUUAUGGACCAGGCUUCCACUACUGGAGCGAAGCUUUUCUGA